UUUUUACUGCAGGAGUCAGUCAGAUCAAGCAAUUCUAGAAGUGAAUUUAUUAAAGUCAUGAACAUGCGGCUUAGACAAAAGGCUUAACUCGUUUCUGUUGAAAAGUAGGCGUCACGAGAGAACAAAGAGGCAAUGAUGAACCAACUCGCCUAAGAGCUAAAGAACCUUAAAAAGUUGGCCACACCCGCCACCUUAGGUACCUACCUACCUCAUAGGUAACUGGAAUGUAGCGCAUCCGAGUUACUAAACUGCGCACUAUCGUGUGUCGUAGUUUGCCAAGCAAAUCUUGGCACCGCGGUUUUGGACCCUUCCUGCCCAAAAGAGGACCGUCGAGAGUCAUACCUACAUCAAUGCAUCGACCGUCCAUCAAUCUACAUAUAUUUCAGGUUUUCGCCUUUUUCUUGCUUAUUUCCGAUUUCAUCUGGUUCAUCCAUCAUCUGCAUCCAGCUUAAACCCAAGCAUUGCUGUGCCUCAAUAUCCCAAAUCCUAUCGGAAAAGCUUUGACCUUAUUGCUUAAUUGUCGACCAUCCAUACCCAUAACAAACACGACUCUCAUGAAGACUUCGCAUUUCAUCUUCGGCCUAGUCGCCCUUGGCCAAGGCAUCAACGCCGCGGCUAUUCAUAGCGUUGAAGAUGUCGCGUUAGACAUAAGGACACCGGUUGUUCCGAUAGAACAACGGGAUCCGGAGACGUUUUCACAGAGUGAAGACCUGUGGAAGCGCAAAGGCGGUGGAGGUGCUGGUGGUAGAGGUGGUAGCAGCGGUUCUAGCGGUGGCUCUUCAGGCAGCUCCGGAGGCUCUUCUUCCAGCGGCGGUCGCGGAUCAUCAACAUCCAAUUCCGGCGGUUCAACAACAACCGGAAGCGGUGUCCGACCUAGUUACGGAGGCGGGUCUUACUAUGGCGGUGGCGCGAGACAGCCGUACUCAUCUGGCAAAGCAAGCCCCUCAGGUAUCCUUCCCUUAGUCGUCGGCGGCGCCGCACUCGGGACCCUUGGCUUCGUAGGCCUAAGCUUGGCCUCCAACGCAUACGCGUAUCCCUACACAAACCGUUACUAUUACCACAACAGCACCACCAACCAGAACGAGACCAAACCUGUUACGUGCAUAUGCGACUACUACGGAGUAUGCGGCUGCGACGACAAUGGCAACCAGACGUAUUUCAACUCGGUGAUCGGAGACGGCAGCUAUCAAAACCUAAACAAGUCGCUCGUUACCGUGGCCGAGAACGAAACUACGCACGAGAAAACUAUCUACAUCCUCGGCACUUUGCCCAAUGGCACAACGUCGUCCGGUGGCACCGAAGAUCCCAACGCGGGCGCUGGCUUGCAAACACUAGCUCGCGCCGUAGGCUGGUGGCCAGUUGUGACGACGGCAAUUGCCAUCGUAUGUCUUUCGUAAUGACGAGGGUAUUGCUUUGAUUUAUAGCCUACGCUUUUUGUAUAUAUGACUUCGUACAUUCUUUCACGCAUGACCCCUGUGAGAUGAGAUUUGCGGCAACGCCUCAAAAUCAAUGGUUGAUAUCCCUGUAGGCGUUCCGGUUUUGUCUAGAAGGAGAGGGGGUAAAGGUUAUGACCACAUGGGCUACUACAUGUUGUAUAGCAGCAGGAAGUAGCCUCGUGGAUCUACGAGCUAUGUUAACCACAGACGUCGAGUUGGAGGGUUUCUCCUAGACAAAUAGCAAUAUCAUUUUUACUUAUA